GGCACGGCUCCUGGGCUCCUACUGCGGCAAGAAGCGGAGUGCCCGCUCAAGAGCCCGCAGUGGCCAGCCAGGACGGUGGCCAGGGCUGGUGCUGGCCUCGUGGACCGUGUGGCCGAGGGGCUACAGCGGUCCAGCUGCCUCAGGGGAGCCUGGGCUGGGAGACCCUGCUUGUGGGUGUGUAAUGAGCAUCAGGCCCAGACUCCACCCCAGCGGGGGACACCGGGGGCCCCCAGGGCAGAGGGACCAUGGAGCAGCCCCUUCCUGCCUCCUGCAGACGGCCAGCCCUGGCUGGUAACUGCUCCUCUGCCCCACCCCAGAGAGCCUGCUGCCCCUCUAAGAUGGCUCCCCCGCUCGAGGACCUGGGACCCCAUCCGGAGGGCAGACAGCCCUUUCUGAGCAUCAACAUCGUGCCUGUGGUGGAGCGAUGCAUGACAGCCAUGCAGGCGGGCACGCAGAUGGUGAAGCUCCGUGGCAGCUCCAAGGGCCUGGCCCGCUUCUACUUCCUGGACGCACAUGGCUCCUGCAUCCGGUGGCGGCCCUCGCGCAAGAACGAGAAGGCAAAGAUCUCCGUCGACUCCAUCCAGGAGGUGAGCGAGGGGCGGCAGUCAGAGAUCUUCCAGCGCUAUCCCGACGGCAGCUUCGACCCCAACUGCUGCUUCAGCAUCUACCACGGCAGCCCCCGCGAGUCGCUGGACCUGGUUUCGUGCGGCAGGGACGAAGCUCGCACCUGGGUCACGGGGCUGCGCUACCUCAUGGCCGGCAUCAGUGACGAGGACAGCCUGGCCCGCCGCCAGCGCACCAGGGACCAGUGGCUGAAGCAGACGUUUGACGAGGCGGACAAGAAUGGGGACGGCAGCCUGAGCAUCAGUGAGGUCCUGCAGCUGCUGCACAAGCUGAACGUGAACCUGCCUCGGCAGAGGGUGAAGCAGAUGUUCCAGGAAGCAGACACAGACGACCACCAAGGGACACUGGACUUUGAGGAGUUCUGUGCCUUCUACAAGAUGAUGUCCACCCGCCGGGAUCUCUACCUGCUCAUGCUGACCUACAGUAGCCACAAGGACCACCUGGACACUGCCGACCUCCAGCGCUUCCUGGAAGUGGAGCAGAAAGUGACGGGGGUGACACUUGAGAGCUGCCAGGACAUCAUCGAGCAGUUUGAGCCCUGCCCAGAAAACAGGAGUAAGAGGGUGCUGGGCAUCGACGGUUUCACCAACUACACACGGAGCCCGGCUGGUGACAUCUUCAACCCUGAGCACCAUGGUGUGCACCAGGACAUGACCCGGCCGCUGAGCCACUACUUCAUCACCUCGUCCCAUAACACCUACCUCGUGGGCGACCAGCUCAUGUCCCAGUCUCGGGUGGACAUGUAUGCCUGGGUGCUGCAGGCUGGCUGCCGCUGUGUGGAGGUGGACUGCUGGGAUGGGCCUGAUGGGGAGCCCAUUGUGCAUCACGGCUACACUCUGACCUCUAAGAUCCUCUUCAAAGACGUCAUUGAGACCAUCAACAAAUACGCCUUCAUUAAGAACGAGUACCCAGUGAUCCUGUCCAUUGAGAACCACUGCAGUGUCAUUCAGCAGAAGAAGAUGGCCCAGUACCUGACUGACAUCCUCGGGGAUAAGCUGGACUUGUCGUCAGUGAGCAGUGAGGAUGCCACCACGCUGCCCUCUCCACAGGCACUCAAGGGCAAGAUCCUGGUGAAGGGCAAGAAGCUCCCAGCCGGCAUUGGUGCGGACGUGGAGGAGGGCGACGUGUCUGACGAGGACAGCGCGGAGGAGCUUGAGGCCGACUGCAAGCUCCCGGAUGGGGACGCCUCCUCCAAUCGGAAGCGUGUGGAAAGCAUCGCCAAGAGGAAGCUGGAUUCCCUAAUCAAGGAGUCCAAGAUUCGGGACUGUGAGGACCUGAACGCCUUCACUGUCUCCAUGCUGCCUCCAUCAGGGAAGCUGGGCCACAAGGCAGAGGGCAAAAGGGCUGAGGAGGAUGCGGAGUCUGGGGGGGAUGCUGGAGCCAGCAGGAAGAACAGCCGGCUUCUCGUGGGCAGCUUCUCCAAGCGGAAGAAAAAAAGCAGCAGGCUGAAGAAGGUGGCCAGCGUGGAGGACGGGGAUGUGGACCCGGACCCCCAAGACAGCCAGAGCCGAGGGGCCGCCCGGCAGAAGAAGACCAUGAAGCUGUCCCGCGCCCUCUCGGACCUGGUGAAGUACACCAAGUCUGUGGGCAUCCAUGACGUGGAGAUGGAGGUGGCGUCCAGCUGGCAGGUGUCGUCGUUCAGCGAGGCCAGGGCCCAGCAGAUCCUGCAGCAGAAGCCGGCUCGGUACCUGUGCUUCAACCAGAACCAGCUCUCCCGCGUCUACCCCUCGUCCUACCGCGUCGACUCCAGCAACUUCAACCCGCAGCCCUUCUGGAACGCGGGCUGCCAGAUGGUGGCCCUGAACUACCAGUCGGAGGGGCGGAUGCUGCAGUUGAACCGGGCCAAGUUCAGUGCCAACGGCAGCUGUGGCUACGUGCUCAAGCCCCAGUGCAUGUGCCAGGGCAGCUUCAACCCCAAUGCCGAGGACCCCCUGCCUGGGCAGCUCAAGAAGCAGCUGGUGCUGCGGAUCAUCAGUGGGCAGCAGCUCCCCAAGCCCAGGGACUCGAUGCUGGGCGACCGUGGGGAGAUCAUCGACCCCUUCGUGGAGGUGGAGGUCAUCGGGCUCCCCGUGGACUGCAGCAAGGAGCAGACCCACGUGGUGGACGAUAAUGGAUUCAACCCCAUGUGGGAGGAGACGCUGGUGUUCACAGUGCACAUGCCUGAGAUUGCGCUGGUGCGCUUCCUUGUCUGGGACCAUGACCCCAUCGGGCGUGACUUCAUUGGCCAGAGGACACUGGCCUUCAGCAGCAUGAUGCCAGGCUACCGGCAUGUGUACCUGGAGGGGAUGGAAGAGGCUUCCAUCUUCGUCCACGUGGCCAUCGGUGACAUCAGUGGUAAGGUCAAGCAGACUCUGGGCCUAAAAGGCCUGUUCCUCCGAGGCGCAAAGCCCGGGUCCCUGGACAGUCCUGCUGCUGGGCGACCCCAGCCCAGGCCCUCUGUUAGCCAGCGGCUCCUGCGGCGCACAGCCAGCGCGCCGACCAAGAGCCAGAAGCCGGGCCGCAAGGCCUUUCCGGAGCUUGUCCUGGGUGCCCAGGAUGCAGGCUCUGAGGGCGAGGCCCGUGACGUGGCACCCCCUAGCCCUGGCCUUGCCCUGCAGGCCCCAGCCAGGGAGGAGCCCGGCAGCUGCAGCCCCCGAGACAGCCGCCCCUUCUCCACACGGUGGUCAGUCUCCUCUCUGGAAACCAUUGCUGAGGAGCCAGCCCUGGGCCCUGGCCCCCCACCUUUGGUGGCCACCCCCACUAGCACGGCCCCAGAAGGGCCCCUGAGCUCUGUAGGACCUGCCAUCAAGGCUGAGAGUCCCCUGGGGGUGGCUCUGGAUGCCUCCGUGCCACUCCAGGUCAGGACCAGCCACAGGGACCCUGAGCUGGCCCCCAGGAGCAGGCAGUGGGCGUGCAACGGCGGGGGCCCCAGUGGCCAGAUGGACAGCAGGGGCCAUCUCCAGGCCCUGGGCCAUCUGCCUGAGGUCAGAAGGGCCAAGAGUGAGGAGCAGGUGCCCUCAGAGGCCCCGGCUGGACGUCGGCCCCUGGCUCGCCCCUCCCCAGCUGUGUACUCAGAUGCCACGGGCUGUGAUCGGCUGUGGCAGCGCCUGGAGCCAGGCAGCCACCGUGACAGCAUGUCCUCAUCCUCUAGCAUGUCCUCCAGCGACACAGUCAUUGACCUCUCGCUCCCGGGCCUGGGCCUGGGCCUGGGCUGUGAGACCCUGGCAGGGGCCCCUGCCGGACGCCUGCCCCUACGGCCCUGCUCUGCCUUGGCCGCCCGCCGGCACCCGCCCACCGUGACCAAGAGCAAGUCCAACCCCAACCUGCGGGCUGCUACCCAGCUGCCAAUGGCUCCCGGUGAGCAGCGGGCCCACCCCCCGGCCCAGAGGCCUCCCUGGGGCUUCCUCCCCCUGGCAGGCCUCCGGGACUGCCCCACGGCAGCCAAGUCCAAGAGCCUGGGAGACCUGACUGCUGAUGACUUUGCACCCCACAACGAGAGCCUGGGCCGCAACCUGGGCCGCAGCCUGGGCCCUGCUGGUGUGGCACCGGUGGGGCGGGAGGUGCGGCGGGAUGCCCUGACAGAGCAGCUGCGCUGGCUUACGGGGUUCCAGCUGGCCGGGGACAUCACAUCGCCCAGCAGCCUAUGCAUGGCUGGGGACAGGGGAGUGGGGGGCCCGGGCUUCCUGCGACGCUCCUCCUCCCGAAGCCAGAGCCGUGUGCGUGCCAUUGCCAGCCGAGCCCGCCAGGCCCAGGAGCGGCAGCAGCGACUGCAGGGUCCGCGGGGGCACCCGCCGGAGGAGCGGGGCAGCCCUGAGGGGGCAUGCUCCAUUGGCCCCGGGGGCUUUGGGGACAUGCUGGUCCCCUCCAAGGACACUGCUGCUACCAGCCUCCUGCUCAGACUCUGACCAAUAGCCCGGAGGCUGGGGGCCCAGGGGUUGCUCCAGCUGGGGACGCUGCCCACCUGCCCUGGAUGUGCCUGUGCCCUCGCCACCCCUGCCACCCGCCCCAGGGCUGGGCAGAUCUGACGUUCUGAGAUGUAUACACAGAGAUAUUUAAAUUUUCAGAGACAAAGUUUCUGCAUUAAAUGGUGUCGAGUCCUUUCCCACUUUUACCUGGUAUUAGCAGGGUGUGUGUGAGCGCACAGUCCCAGGAAUGCUUGCUGCAUGCCCAGGGUUGCUGGGGGUGUGCCCACUCCCACCCCGACUGUGUCUGGCUUGUUCUGCACAAACCUGCUCUGUACGGGACUCCCUGGGCUCUUUGUAAACUGAACUCAAUCCAAUAAACAUGUUUGCGCCUGGU